AGAAGGAAAUGCAGCAAGAGAAGAAGAAGUGGCCAAAAAAGGAAAACAACACGGACACUUGGCUGUCUGUUAACAAACAAGGUUACACAGUUAUCUGAGAGGAAACAGUCUGAUGCAUGAUGUGAGCUGUGAGGCAUGUUAAAGCCUUUUGACACCUGGAAGUGGCUGCUGAUAUGGUGGACCUGAGACUGACCCUCAGGAGCCCCCAGUCACACUUUUUAAUGAGAGUCUGGGGAAAACGUUGCCACAGAUUAUGGAUCUAGGAUACGAUCUUCCAUGAGUUACCAAUUUCACAGCGCUUCAAUCAAACAGCUGUAAGGAACAUGGAGAGGGAAGCAGCUGAGAAGGAGAUGGAUGGUGUUACAGACACUGACGAGGAGAUCCCUGAUGGUGAUCAGUGUGAGGCCAGACAGACUGAUGAUGACUGCGAGCAGGAGGACAAAACAGCCUGUCUCAAAUCUCAGGACACCCCAAACCCACAAGCCACUCCACAAGACUCUGGAAUUGGUGAAGCAGAGUACUGUGGAUCUACAGAGGCCAAAGAAGAUACUGAGGAGGCUUCAGAUGGGUUGGAGCAUGACAGCGCUGCAGAACACGAGAACUCGCAGGUUAUAAGUCAAGGAGAGGAUGAAACUGUGAAGGAGCAGCACAUGAAUGGAGAGUCUGGUUGGAGGAACGUGGGAAGUGGACGGAGGUGCAAACUGAAAAGUAGUGGUUCUUUCUCAGAGCAUAGCAGUCAAAGUGCUUUUUCCACCAUUCAAAAAGGCAAUGUUAUGUCCAGUGGUGGCCGGCACAAGCAGACCCGCAGACGAAACCACCACCACCAUCAGCAGAACCGGGGCCGCAGGCGGACAGGUAACCAGCUCGUCUUAGCUUUCAAGGAAAUGCUGUCAGAGUCUCUCAGCUUCUGGUGCAUCUCCUGUGUCCACAUGAUGAUCGAGAUUAUCGUCACAUUAACUCAUAAUUGUGGAGUUGGUGUGGAGACCGGAGGGGUGAAACUUUACAACUUUGGGCAGCAGCUUUUUGUAAAGAUCACAGAUGUACCCGGGAUGAAGGCGGACGCUACUCGGAUUCUGAAAUGGACUAAAUGCGCAGGUGCAGACCUGGUGGAUAAAAUUGUUAGGUCAGUGAAGUGGGUAAAGACAGCUGCCUUAUCUUGUUUCAGACUUUUCUUUGCUUUGGUUAUUCUUGGGUCCCAGUGGACAAAGGGUGUGUUGGUCCGACUCUGUGGAGAGCGGGGAAAACGCUACUGGACAGCUUUUCAGGAGUCAAGGUUUUGGAAGAGGGCAGUGUCCCUGCUGGAGAAAGUUCGAAGCCGAUUCAGGAGAGAUGGCCACGUACCACCGUCCACUCCUGAGUCACCCGGCAGAGCAGGGAGGAGCCAGUCGGGCCAGGAGCUGGAGAGACUGCUGGCUUUGGCCGAGGUACCAGAGGACGAGCUUGACCCCUUUACAGUGCUCGGUGUGGAGGUGCACGCCACUGAGGCUGAACUGAAGAAGGCCUACAGACAGCUGGCUGUCCAGGUCCAUCCAGACAAGAAUAAACACCCACGAGCUGGAGAGGCAUUCAAAGUACUGAGGGCUGCCUGGGAUAUUGUCAGUAACCCAGAGACACGACGAGAGUAUGAGUUGAAACGCAUGGCAGCAACUGAGCUCUCAAAGUCCAUGAAUGAGUUUCUCACUAAACUGCAGGAUGACCUGAAGGAAGCCAUGAACACCAUGAUGUGUACCAAAUGUGAAGGCAAACACAAGCGGUUCGAGAUGGAUCGUGAACCUGCUGAGGCCCGUUUCUGUGCUGAAUGCAACCGUUGCCAUAGUGCUGAGGAGGGGGACCUGUGGGCCGAGUCUAGCAUGUUGGGCCUACGCAUCACAUACUUUGCCUGUAUGGAUGGCAAGGUGUAUGACAUUACAGAGUGGGCAGGUUGCCAAAGAAUAGGCAUUUCUCCUGACACACACCGUGUGCCCUAUCACAUCUCCUUUGGUUCAAAGAACAACAGCAACGCCACACGACACAGGACGCCCUCGGAGCACGCCACAGGUCCGGCCAACCCCGCCGAUUUACAGGACUUCUUCAACCGCAUCUUCAAAGGAGGACCUCCUAAUGACAUGGCUGCCAAUGGGGGCUUCUUCCCCUCAGGUCCGCCUCAUCAUCACCCACCUGGUGCUGGAGCGCCCCCGUUCUCCCCGCCCCCAGGCCAGACAGGUUUCCACAUGCCGGGGGGUCACCGGCCAGAGUCCAGCGAGAUGUGGGCUGAAAGCGGCAAACCCCCCAGGAGGAGGAAGAAGGUCCGCAAGCCCUUCCAGAGGUGAAGUCUGUUGACUUCUCAGAGUAUCAACAAUGCAACACAGGGAAACAAUAAAUAAUGGCCAUGUUUGUCUCUCGCCUGCCUGUUGGCAUGCCAAGAUCUGAAAUGGAGAGGAUUCAUGUGGGUAAGGCUGCGCUCAAAUGAGCCAGAGGAGAGAGAGACUGGAUCAUAAAGAGGAGCCUGUGAAAUGAAUACAAGUAUUGAAGGAGGGCUGAGGAGGUGGCAGUGAUGGUGCUUUACCUCUCAUUUCACCUUAUUUUUUUGAUGGUCUUUAAGAUGACUGUAGCCUUGGCAUUGAAAUCCUUACCAGGAUGCUGUAAUGAAACACUUUCCUUUCAUAAUUUCCUGCCAAAUCUUGCAAUGCAUGAUUUAUUCACUUGCAUUUUAACACUUCAGUUCUCUCAAUUUUGUUUUUAAUGUUUUGUACAAGGUUCGUUUAAGACAUUGACUUAAGACUGUUGAAGAGGGUUGCAGUGUGAAUUAUGGCUCACUAUAAUCAACAUGAGGAAGUUAAGAUCUGCGCAUCAUCACUCUGUCAGUGUUACUCACGUUAGUGGCGUGUGGAUCUGCCUCUAGAUCUGCACCUCACCCACCAUAUUUCAAGAAUGAAUCCAAACCAACCAAACCCAACACAUCUGAAUGACAUUUACAAAAAACAGCAGCAAAGUUUGCAAACUUUUGUGCGGUAGCCACAUUUUUAUAGAUGAGCUUUCCUGAGAGUGGCCAGUAUUUACAGUUGGAUCAGGGCAUGGUGUGGUUCUCUGGUAGCAGGCCCACAGACGGCAAAAGAAGGCAAAAGCACUUUCAGAAUGCCUGGCUUAAUGGAAGUCACGUGCAGUCAGCCUCCUGCAUUACAAAUUCACUGAGACAACCAGCAGUCACACAUAUUUGUCCCAGGUGCUUUGUAUGAUUAUUGUUACAAAAUUUCCUCUGAAAAGCUGAGUUAACACAGAAUUAAAUAUUACUUGGAUCUUUAUGUAGUGAGCAGAUUUGUUCUCACUACAGCUUCAGUUUCAAUCAUUACAUUUGAUAUAACAAUCCUUUUAUUGCUUUAUUGUAUGUACAGCACAGUCAUGCUAUAUCUUCUCAUUCAGGAUUUGUUAUGUGAGAACUGGUGCUGAUAUUUGUGUGGCGAUUACUGGAGAAUCACAUCCGGCAUGAGAGACCACUCACUAUAAAAUUAGGUUUGUUUCGAAGGGUAACGGGCUCAAAAUUCAAGAAGUUACAUUUGAACAUCUCAGACGCCCAGUCAGAUCUAGUGAACAGAAGCCAGAGACAAGAACCUGUGAAGCAGUUGAGAUGUAAAAUCUGGACGUGAUAAAGUGAAACUGAUGAAAGGGCUUUAUUUGGUUUGUGAUGUACUGAUUCUGCCUGCUGUUUACUGUGUCCGACCCAGAUUGACAUUAUAAUUACAGCACAGCUUCCAAUCCAACAGCUGGAGUGAAAUCAGUGGUGUUUCAAAACUUUAUAGGUGACACGUUGACAUUUUGAAAUGUUGAUAUACAGUAUUUUCUGUACUGUUUAAAAGACCACAAAGAAUAGAUUUAUACUUCCCCCUGUUGAUCCACUGUGUAACUACACUAUUGACUUCUGACUGAGUCUCAAACGCAUUGAUGUAAUUUAAAAUCAGACAAUUUGCUAAUUUACAAACAUUGAAGCAAACCUGACCAGUAUGUAAACUUGCAACGUGAUGUUUGAUCUCUUUUUCUCAUGGUGAUCAUUACUAGCUUCACAGGAAAAAGGCAGCAGUUUAAAAACAAGUUGCAUCUGCAUAGAAUUAUAUAGUUGGUCAAACUGUUACUUAAAUAACGUAACGUUCCAAUUUUUUAAAAAUUUUACACCACUUUCAUCAAGUUCCUUCCCCUUGUUAAGUGCCAUUUUCUGUCUGCCAUGAUGUUUCUGGGGCACAUUAAGCCAAGACCGUCAUGAAUGUCCCCCAAUCCAGGACAAGACAGUUUUAAAAAACAAAGAAAAAAAAAAAAAAAAAAAAAAAUCUACCACAAAAAAAAUUAACGGUAAAAAUAAUUCUAACGCUGAAAGAAAAGAGCUUCGAUUUGUUUCCAUGCAUCUGUAAUCUCAGUGGUUCCUGGCAUUUUAUAAUCAACAAUAUAAAAACUCUGACUUGUAAGUGUUGUGGCGAUGUCUCAGCUGGUGUAGUGUCUUGAACAAAGGUUAAAACUUCCACCUGGAUGUGGUUCAGCUUUCAAAGUGUCAAGGUCACAGGUUCACGGAAAAUCUUAUCUAAAACUAAAUAGCUGAUUUCCUUUUAAUCUCCCUAGUGUUGUAUGUAACAACAUGAACGGGUCACAAAACCAAUAAGUGGUUGUAUUUUGGGUUUGGUUUCUUGAAAUGGUUUUUGCAUUAAGAAGAACAGAACACAUUAAUCUUCAUCACAGGUUAAUUUAAGAAACCAGAACUGUUAUUGUUUACACCUGAUAUGUGAAGAUUGUGAGACUAUUGGUAUAAGGCAUUUGAUAAAGGCUAUUUUUUUUAUAUUGACAGUUGAUGAUGACAAAUGUCAUGUUCCUUGUUCUUUUUUUUUUUUUCUUUUGGGUUAAUUUGCACACCCACCCCUGUAAUAACAUCAGAGGGCUUUGAACAGUCAUCAGUGAUUUAGCCUAACCAGACUCCUCCAGCUGCAGCUGAGUAGGAAGUGUAGCUCACUAAGCCACAAUUUUUUUGGUAGGAAAAUGGAUUUUAAUUGAGUUACAAAUUUGUUGGAAAACAACAUUUGAGUUGCGCAACCAUUAGACUCCCCUUACCACCCUGGUGAAGCCUGAAUAUCUGAACUGUUCUGUGGCAUUGUAAUGCAUAAUGUGGGUCUGUGUGCUCGCCUUAAAAGAUGAACCUCUGUUGCAAAUAUUGUUUGAGUUCAUUGAAGCAAGUUUGCCACAUUUCUCCUCAUGUCUCACAUUGUUUUCCUCUUGUAUAUUUGGCCAGUUUCCUAGACAUGGACUGACUUACUGUAAACUUAAGUGGCCCUUCCUAUUAAAUGAAAUCAAGUCACAGUGUCUCUCACGGGUUGAGAGAGUAAAAAUGUUCCCGGGUUAAGUUUAUUCUGGUAAAAACAAUUUGAAAUCCUGAAGGAAGAUUGGAGCAAAGCCAAGACUAUGAGGACUAAAAUCUGAUUUUCAAAGAUGUCAGAUGUCAGAUGUUCAGAUCGUUACUAUGUGAUAAUCAGAGAAAAAGCCACAAAAAUGACUUUGACAAUAUUUUCUUUAGCAACUUUGGGACAUUUUGUUUUUACAUUUGAUUUUCUUUUCCAACAACAUGCAGUUUUUCUUCUUACAUACUCGUUUAGACGUUGACCAUCAAAGUUCUCAUCCACAUUUUCAGAAAACUGGUUUUUAAAACACAAUAUACUGUCAAAUAUCUACUUCAGUCCCUGUCUAGGAAACUGGACCCACGUUAAGCAGAACACGUUGUUU